GAAAGAUUCAACUCAAGAGGUGGCGAAGGUGACCCGUCCUCUGAUAGACUGACUAGAGUUCGACAGGAUGUCGAAGAUGUAAAAGGAAUAAUGACACAAAAUAUCGGUAUGUUUAUUCGAAUUCAAUAUUUUAAUAACUCGGUUAAUAGCCAGCUUAAGCAUGUAGGACGGCAAAACGAUUUCUAAAUACAGGCAAGCAUGUUGCACGCACGGAGGCAGCUUGUCCGGAUUUAGAAAUAAGAAUAAGAACAUUUGCGAGUGUUUGGAUAUAGCUUCUCAAACCAAUACUUUACUGUCGUUCCAAUUGAAGUGUUCCUCAAAUAUUGAUUCAAUACAUUACCUCGGGCUGACCAAUUCAUUUGAUCAAGUUCCUCGAAAUAUUCAUACACUUCCUGUGAAAGAGCCAAUUCCAAGAAUUUGAUAAUUUUUGGUCACUUCCUUUCUAUUUAUGAUUGGUUAGUUGCACAAACAACAAAGGUGAUUAGUGCAUUCAAACUAUUCAACAGGAAGUUUACAAUUAUACUAGGAAGUGUAUGAAUAUUUCGAGGAACUUGAUGAAAUGAAUUGGUCAGCCAGAGGUAAUGUAUUGAAUCAAUAUUUGAGGAACACUUCAAUUGGAACGACAGUAAGAGAGAAUUAAGUUCAAGGUUGACGAAAAACGGCUGUAGUCUUCCUAUUAUUUGCAAAUGCAGAAUCAAUGUGCAUUUCUUUUGAAUUUUCUUCAUGAAUUAUUGAGUUUGUGAAAUAGUGUUUCGGGAGCCAUGCCUUCAUCAGUCGGAUUCCCCAGUUGUUCUGUGUAUUGAACAAUUAAACCCCAUGCAUUCCAGUUGCUUGGGACCACUGAUCUGUAAUAAGACUUGGUAACACAUCUAUAGUAUACAAAAAUGAAGCCGGAAGUCACCAGCUUUACUUUUGGAUUGUUGCUGUCGUUCCAAUUGAAGUGUUCCUCAAAUAUUGAUUCAAUACAUUACCUCGGGCUGACCAAUUCAUUUCAUCAAGUUCUUCGAGAUAUUCAUACACUUCCUAGUAUAAUUGUAAACUUCCUGUUGAAUAGUUUGAAUGCACCAAUCACCUUUGUUGUUUGUGCAACUAACCAAUCAUAAAUAGAAAGGAAGUGACCAGAAAUGAUCAAAUACUUGGAAUUGGCUCUUUCACAGAAAGUGUAUGAAUAUCUCGAGGAACUUGAUGAAAUGAAUUGGGUCAGAGGUAAUGUAUUGAAUCAAUAUCUGAGGAACACUUCAAUUGGAACGACAGUAACAAUGACUCACUAUAAUGUUAUUUUAAUUCAUAUAAUUAUAAAAUUGGCGUCAAGGUAUUUUAAAACGUACGCUUUCGUUCAAAAUUGAGCUGCUUCAUUUCUUCAAAUUUCCCGAGAAUAUUCGUCCAAUAACAGUAAUUUUUGUGUAUUUUUGGGUUGAUUUUGUAUGAAAGUAGCGAAACGAGCUCGUGUUGAUAAACAAAGUCUGAGGCUCUCCACUCCUUCAAAGUUGUAAAUCCCGUUUCGCGGCGUUAUAAAGCCAUAAAACUCCCAAUUUUUUGCUCAAAAUUCUUCUUGUAUGUUUUAUCUUUGUGAUUGUAAAACUGACCCGGUCAGAAACAUAGCCAAGGCGAAAAACGCGAAAGACUACCAUCUGCAAUAUAAAUCUAUACAAAAGUGGGACCCUUGAAUCGGGUGGCGGCCGGUGACUUCCGGCUUAACUUUUGUAUACAAUAGAUGCAUUAUCCAGUCUUAGUACAGAUAAGCGGUUGGGAUUGGGUACGCCCCUUCAAUCAAGUGAAUUUCCUGGUCAGCUGGGCUAGUAUGUGCAGGCAAUCGGGGUAAAGUUUGCUUCCUUCUGUAGUGACAUUGGACUAAUUUGUCAUAUUUUCUAUUACAACAGAGAAAGUUCUUGAACGAGGUGAAAGAAUCGAUAUUUUAUUGGAUAAAACAGAGGAACUUGACUACAGUGUAAGUGUUAUUAGAUUAAAAUAUUGCUUAGAAUUUGUUGAUAUAACAUACAAAUAACAUGAGAAUUCUAAUUGAAAGUUGAAACAACCAAACGAUACCAAAAACUUUUAAAUAACUUCCCAUGCAUAAAAUUCGAUUCAUGUAGAAUCUAUAGUUUUUAUAGAAUUUUCAUUUAUGAAUUUCGAAGUAAAAUAGAAUAUCGGUAGACGGUUACCGGUAUUGGCUGAUAGCGGCCUUCGAAGCACUAUUUUAAACAUGAGCAGCAGUGUUUUAUCAGAUAUAAAGAUACGAGGCGAAGCCAAGUAUCUUUAGGUCUGAUAAAACACGCACUGCGAAUGUUUUAAAUUGCUUCAAAAACUCUAUCUUUACAUGUGAUUUAUUUCCCUUGAUUUACAUAAACUUUUACUUUGAUUUUCUCGACUUAUACAACGUAUUUUUUGAAAAUUACUUCGCCAAUGAACUUACUAGAUCGAUUAUUUUUGAAGCAAUUUAAAACAUUCGCAGUGCGUGUUUUAUCAGACCUAAAAAUACUCGACUUUGCCUCGUAUACUUUAAAUAGCACUUCAAAAUCGAUCUUACUAGUUCAUUGGCGAAGUAAUUUUAAAAAAAUACAUUGUGUAAGUCAAGAAAAUCAAAGUUAAAGUUUAUGUAAAUCAAGGGAAAUCUCUAUCACAUACAAAGAUACGACACGCUUAUGAACUUUCUUUGUGUUUUCCUCAUGAAUUAUUACUGUAAUGAGUUUAUGAAUGUCGGUUAUCAGAAUAUGGGUGGGUUUCCACAUUGGUAAAUCACUUCUUCCAUAGAACCAACGGGAAAAAAUAAAUUCCAUACCAUACGCCCUUUUCAUAAAUGGCUGCCGAUUAAAAAUUCUUUUAUGUGCAUAUAAAUUGGCCCAACUAGCCUCGUUUCUGAGUAGAAAUUCCUUUGAAAUCUUAACAUGAGUACGGGGCUAGUUGGGCCAAUUUUAUGCACAUAAAAGAAUUUUUGAUCGGCAGCCAUUUAUGAAAAGGGUGUAUUAAUGAAAUUUAAUUAAUCGAUAAUAGUAAGAGUUCAGUUUUUACAGUAUACAUGGUAAAUAUUUAAAUACCAUCCAAAACCCAUUCAUGGAAAUUUUUUCCUAUGCAAGUAAGGGACUGGUCAUAAAGUAACUGCUAGGGUGGGCUGGAGGUAAAUCACAAAUUUGCCAAUAAGUUCGGUGACCCAUCUUAGGAUGUAGAUAAAAAUUUCAAAGCCCAUCUAAUCUUACAAAAAAAUUUUCAUGACCCAUCCAAUCUAAAUUGGGAAAAUACACUUUCAUAGUAAAAAAAACUUGCAGGUAUGAACAUUGUAAAUAUACAUGCACGGCACUUUGACAUACAUAAUUCCACCAAGCUUGACAAACACAUUGGUACUGAGCUGCUCUCUAGUUGGUUGUAUUUGCUGUGAUUCGACCACUUUCUGUUGUUGUAUAAACAAAGUACUGGCUUCAAUAGACAAUAGCAUCAUUUGCAUUUGAUAAUUUGGAUAGUUUUGUUUACUUUUACUAUUAGUAUCUUUAUUUUUUGAAAUAGACAUGCAUGUUUUUUUGUUUGGUGGCCCAACCGUGGACAUACAAAAAAAUUGGCGGCCCAUCGAUGGAAACUGCUCAAAGAUUUUCCAUGGCCCAUCCCAAAUCACUCCAGCCCACCCUAGCAAUUACUUUAUGACCGGUCCCUAAUGCAGUUUUUUAUUUUGUCUUGCAGGCGAGUACCUUCCGAACAAGUGCAGUGAGA